AGAAUAACCCUCGGCUGUGGCCUGCCCUUUACCUCUGGUCGCCAUUGUCCGUGGUUCUACUGUACCUCCUUUCUUUCUGCCCUGGGGGCCAUUCCGUUCCUUUCCAACCUUUUCGUCGUCGCAUUCAGGCUCGUCGACCACUGGGAGCAGGGUCUCCGCUCGCUUCUUGUCCAAUCCACCAGUGAUUUCAGCGAAAUUACAUGCCCAUGUUCACAGCGAUGCUCGGUCCAUCGGCAGCACUUAUUCUCUUUCUUCAGCUCUUCAGCGUGUUUGCGGGCCUUUCGAAUGCUCUCCCAACCCCAGCACGCCAGUCUCGUACUUUGGUCGUCCGCCAGAAUGGCAACAAUCUCUCGCAGCCUGUAACUGUUCAGACGCAGGAUAUAUUACAAACGUACGUCGCCGCAGUUUUCUGAAUG